CACAUACGAAUUUUGAUUGUAAAUUGUAAACAACGUUCAUCCAAAGAGAAUUUACGUCUAGUUAAAACUUCGCUCGCGUUUAUUAUUAAAAAUGGCCAUGUCUAGGUUACACGAUAAAUAUCGUCGCUAUCGUUGUUGUAUCGUCCGGGAGUGCAAGACCACGUCAUUGAAGUACCCAGGCAAGUUGUGGAUCAAAGUGCCCCGUGAAGUGCGGAACACCUGGCUGGAGCUCGCUCAUAGGGAUUUUAAUGCUUUGUCGCCUGAAAGUGCAAUUUAUUUUUGUGAAGAUCACUUUGAUUUAGAAAAUGACAUGGAAAAUUACAUGCAAUAUAAAAUCAUGGGCUCAGUGAAAAGGGUCCGAGUGAAGCCUAACUGCUUACCAUCCAGGUGUUUACCAACAAGAGAUGCGUCGACCCCGAGUCUUUCACCCGAAAUUCUGGAGAAGAUGGCCCAGGAGGUUAUCAAACACGAUGUACUCUGCGGUGAUUUCAAGAGACCAGCAAGUCUGUCCCAUUACAAGUUUAAGAAGGAGCGCAGCGCGGCGUGGCGCGCGGUGCGGGAGGCGCUGGGGCUCCAGAUCCAAGGCAGCGUCGUCGGCAACUGGUUCUUCGCCAGCUACGUUCGCAUCUUGUACCGCGCGGCCACGAAGGUGAAGGUGUGGAGCGGCGUCCCCGGCACCGUGAUAUCAGCCGCGGCGCUGGCGCACGCGCCGCCCUGGGUGCGCGACGUGGAGCCGCGCCUGCAGAAGUUGCCCCGUGUAUUCGAGAUCAUCGUGGAAAAACAGAACAAAAAGGUGAAGAACCAACAGUGUUUGCUGGUGCGGCAGCUGCUGUCGGGGCUGUACACGGCGCUGCGCGGCGGGCUGCAGUGGGACGCGGCGCUGGAGUCGGUGGCCGCCACACACGACUACAGCCGCGCGCGGCUCAAGCAGCUCUGGGGCAGCGUGCGCGGCGUGGCCAUGGAGAAGCUGCGGCUGCUGCAGUCGUGCGGGGACCAGCUGGCUGCGGCCUGCGCCGGCGCCGAGCUGCGGGCCGCCGACUGGCUGGCCAUAGACCUCGCGCUGCUCUACGGGGACGACCAGCUGGUCACCGAGGACAGCCUGCGGGAGUACUCGCAGCUGUCGACGCUGACGGAGCUGUUCUCGCUGGUGCAGCAGUACCAGCUGCACGCGCCCGGGACCACCGAGGUGUGGUGGUACACUGCGUUGAAGGACUAUACUAGCAAAGGCCGCGCCAGCUCGCUGGUGGUGCUGCAGCGGCGCUGGCACGAGCUGCUGGCGGCGGCGCGGCGCGCGCUCACGGAGUACUGCCGACACCCGAUAGUGCUGCCGCCCCUCGUGAAGGAUCUCACGCUCAGGUAUCCGCAGCUGAUGACGCGGCCGCAAUGCUGGCGGGAGCUGGUCGCGCGGGGAGAGAUAUACGUGCCUCCGCUGAGCGCGUACCUGCAGGCGAUGGACGCGGAGGUGCCGGGGGCGGCGCCCGGCCCCGCCGUCGAGGCCGCGGACGAGGCCACCAACCACACACACACCGAUAACGAGGACGAUUUAAUCCUAGUAGAGAAGGCUGUGGAAACGAUAGACCUGGUGGGGAUGGAGUCCGAUGAUGAUGACAAGCUGAUGAUAGACGAGCUGCGAGACGCGGGCGGCCACACGGCCACGACCGCGGCGGGCGAGGCGAACAUCGAAACACAGGUCGGACAAUUGUUCAAGAACUUGGAACAACAGAUCGACUCACAAAUCAAAGAGCUAGACCAAAUAGAGAAGACACAAGGCUCAACACACGAUGGUGACUCGGCAACUGACACUGUUAAAAAGAAACGUAGAAAUAUAAAAUAUUAUUAUCUUCCCAUAGACAAGAUAAAUAUUAGUGAAAUUAGUAAUAGAGAGAAGAGUUUGGCAGAAAAAGAAAUAAAGCAAGAGAUGGUUAAAGAGACGAUAGGAGACCAAAGCAACUACCCAACGGGUAGAAAUUCAGCUAUACACGCUGCAGUGAUACAAGAUAACAAUACAAUAACAAACACAAGUGAAACAGCGUCAAAAGCAGAUGACACGGAAAUCAAGGAACGGAGACAGUCCGCACAGCUAGCACAGUUACAAGAAAACACACAAAAGGCACUAACUAUAGGAACACAAUCAGCACAAUCCAAUACCGAAGUAAAUCAACAGUUGAAGGUUGAAAAAUCCAGUAUAGAUUUCAAAGCAAUGUUCGGGACGAACUCAAUACAAAACGAUAUAACAACUAUACCACCUCAUGUAGCUAUACCAAGUAUACAAAUUGAUUCCGACAGUUCUUGUGAUGUCCCAGACAUAAGAACGGAAGCAAAUUGUGAUGCAAGUAAUGUGAGCGAAGUACUACCAGAAAGUAUUGCAGUGUUAGAAAGUUUAGACCCGGCGACUGUGCAGACGAUGAUCAUAUUCAGUGACGAGGAAGACGACGACAUGGAUGUCGCUGGACAACACCAGAAUGAGGACACACAAAAGGCUCUGUAUGAGAAUGAUGAUGUUCACAGUGAUAACGCUCAGAAUAUUACCAUACAAAAUGACAAAACUCAAGAUUAUGUGUCACUUCCAAAUGAUAUUUGUCAAAUUGACAGUAUUAAAUGUGAGUCUCAGGAUAACAGUGGCCAAAACAUUGCAGCGUCCGCUGCCGACAUAGACACAGAAGGUUCUAUUGAGAGUAAAAGUAAUAAAUUACACGUUCCAACGAAAAGUAAAAGUAGAACAGACGAAGAUGAUACAACUGAAACUGCUGGUAAAUCUACUGCCGAGUCUUCUGAAAGUAAAAUUAAUAAACUACACGUCGCAAUGAAGACCAAAGCUGGGACAGUCGAUGGUGAUGAGUAUACCGAUUACAAUAAGAGAAGAAAAACUAUUGAAGAAGAUACUAUAAGACCAACUAAAGUGGAAGUUAGCACAUCACGAAGCAUUAAAUUCAGAAUUUCCUUUGAAGAUACUGACGAUAAAUCUGAUACUCUUAAAGAUGAUGUAGAGAUCAAACCAAACAUCUUGGAAGACGAAACUAUCGAGUCUAAAGUAGAAAUUAAAGAGGCAGAUAUGAGAAAAGUAGUAAAUGCUCGCGAGAAGGAACUUAACCUUCAUGCUAAAGAAUUAACAACUUGUCAGCGUGUUGAUAGUGUAGAUAUGGCAACAGCUAAUGUCUCCAGCCGGGACCGCGUCAGCAGGCUCGCCUUGAACGCCCGGUUCGUGCGUCACAACGCGCACCUCAUCCAGCUGUGCAGGCAGCCGCGCGUGCUCGUACAGAGGUUACCCCACGAUUUAAUGGCAGCUUUUCUUCGGAAAUCAACCGCCUCACGCCCCGCCAAGCGUGAUUAUACACGCCGCAGCAAGCAACCCCGCAGGCCCGGGAUUGGCUGGAUCAGGUCCCCCCCUAGUGGGGCCAGCCCCCCCGCCCCCGAGGCCCCCAGUCUCCCCCCGGCGAGCCCGCAGCUGUCAGAAGAGAGAGGGGAGACGACGGACAGCGCGGACUCGUCGUGGAUACCGUCCGACUCGAGCGGGGACACCCCCACCUCGCUGUCCCCCCACCCCGCCCCCGCUCAUGCGCCUGCGCCGCGUGACACGCCAGUUACGAGACACACGGACACCGCUGCAAAUACUGCUGUAGAGACAGACGAAGUUACAUUGACUGAGGAGAGGUUGGAGAAAAUACUGAAAGAAUUGAGGGGUCUGCCGGCGCCGCUGGUCCGCAGCGGCCCCCUCGCCGCCCUCGCCGUAGCCGCUGCCACCGAAGGCGUUGACACCGAAGUCGUCGCCACCGAAGUCACUGCCACCGAAGCCGCCGACACCGAAGCCGCCGCCACCGAAGCCGCUGCCACCGAAGCCGUCGCCACCGAAGCCGCUGCCACCGGAGCAAACACCGCCGCAGAGAUGGAGGGAGCUACUUUGACUGAAGCGAAGUUGGAGGAAAUACUUGUGGAAUUGAAGGAGAAGCAGCCGCCGCCGGCGCCGGCGGGCCGCAGCGCGUGCUGCGCGGCGCGGCGGCACCUCGUCGUCAACGCCGCGCGGGCGCGGGCCCGGGCCAGGAGCGGCCGCCCGCCGCAGCCGCCCAGGGACCUGCACAGUUACAAGCACCCUGCCGGCGCCGAGUGCGACUGCUGCUGCCGCGCCGCGCUGGCCGCCGCCGCGGCCGGCCCCACGCGCCUGGCCGCCGUCGCCAGGACGCUGAGGGACGCCGUGGCCGGCCUGCUCACUCGCAGGGACGCCAGGAAAAAAAGAUCGAGGGCCGUCUCCGCUGACGCAGCACCCACGCCGACUGAUAAGAAAACAUCCAAGGAAGAUCCGAAACAUGACAAGAAGAAGAGGAAGCAGCCUCGCCCCCGCCCGCCCUCCUCCCCCGCGGAGCCGGCCCUCCCAGAGGCGGACCGCGACGGCGGGGCCGACGACUACGAGGAGUGGCUGCGACAGAGAUACCAGUAUCACAAGUACUUCACCCUGCCGGCGGGGACGGCGGAUUAUCAGCAGGUCAAAAAAUCUUCAUCUGUCAAAAAAACCCCUCACCCGCCUAAACCAGUAAAACAGCAUUCACCGAUCCAACAGACCAUAUCAUCCAUAGAUGACCUCGAGGCUCGGUACAUCACAGUACCGGAUAUGAUACCAACAAAGGACUACAUCAAAAACAUCUUAAAGCAAAACAACCCGAUGGAACUAUCAACCCAACAGAAAGAACCAGUUACACAGAACCAACCAGUCACGCAGAUAUCGACACAGACAACGUACACAGUAGAGACGAACAAUGCGGCUCGGACUUACGUGAGCCCCACAUGUUUGCUGGUGGAUCUGGCCGAUACACGGACCGGGGAGAAGUCGCCCAUGCGGCUCACCGUCACUGUCGCGCAGAACCAACAACCCACCACCAACCAGCAACCCACUACCAAUAUCACGCAACCCGCUAGUAACUUAACACAACCCACUGGUAACCCAAUGCAAUCCGAUAAUUUGACAAACUCCGUUAGUAACGUCAUGCCAUCUCUGAGCAAUAUGACACAUCCCGGCACUAAUCUGACACAAGAUCUGACGGCAUCUAAAGUAAACGAAUCCAGGGUGAGACCCUCGCCGUUGUCAUGGCAACGAUCCGUGUCGCCCUCCAAGCCAGUGUGUCCACGCGCUGCUGCCCCGCCUGCAACAUCAUCAGACGUAAAACCUAUUGUAAGCCCUUCUCGGGUGAUACCAAGUAAAUUCUCCAAUGACAUAGACCUCUCAAAAUCUCCACCAGAUACAAAACUGCCGCCACUUCCACCACUUAAACAAGCUCCAGUUGACGCGGUAGACCCUCCACUGGAAUCGUGGUGUCCUAUAAUACAGUCCGUGCAGUCUCUAGCACAACCACCCGCCAACCCAUACCAGACAACCAAGCUGGAUCAACCAGCAGCACUCCCGCCAACUGUCCUGAAAGAACCACCGUGGGUAACCAAUGUGACCCCACAACCUGCGACAGUGAUACCACCAGCGACAGCGGCACCACAGAUACCACCGACACGUCUACUCGAGAUACCACUCUCAGUCACCACAAACUCUGGAGCUAAACCACCCGUCGUUUAUGUACACACUGAGAAUACUCUAGACUCGGAAAAUACACUUCUAAACUCUACUGGAUCUAGUAGCCAGAUCCCUGUCGCUCAGGGUUUUGACCAGACUCAGGGCAAGUGCUCUGAGGCGCAAACCCUGAAUCAAAACCACAUCGUCCAGCCGAUCGGGAUAACUACGAGUUGUGGCGGUGAAGCGCCCGUGCUGCUGGUGACGGUCACGGAGGUGCCGCCAGCCGCGGCGACAAAGUCCCCGCCAUCUUCAAGCAGAGGCCCAAACUACAUGAGUUGGCAGGAGUUCCUCGCGUCGUCGGGGGCUCCAAUAUCCGUCGCAGACUUCAUGAAGGGCCGCAACCCUACCACCCUCACCCUGCUACGGCUGGACCGCGGCGCCCCCCUGCUUGUAGUCCCCGGCCACGGCGGGGGCGUGGUGGUGGCGGAGCCCUGCCUGCCGUGCAGCAGCCCUACGUACUGGGCCCCCGGAAGCCCCGGGAACACGAGGCAGAUAGCCUUCCCUGAUAAUCUCGAUAAGCCGGGAGGUGAUACUGGGAGCCUGCUGCAGACUAUAGCGAAACAAAACCCGAGCACCCCGCCAGCCCAGCCCGCGGCCGCCCCGGCGGGGCUGGCUGUGGCGCCGCGCGACAUAUGUCUCUCCGACAAGUACUACAAGAAGUUGUGCAACGACCCGCUGGUUUACGCCCAGGUGUGGACGGCAGUGCCGGACACAGACACGCUCAUGUGGCUGGUGGGCAGCAAGGCGGCCAUCCGCGUGUGGCGGCCGGGGGGCAGGCUGGAGCCGCCGGCGGGGCCCGCCGCCGCCCGGCUGCGCUCCUGGAUUAAGAGUGACGAACCGGUGAUCUGCCUGGACAGCGACUCCGAGUGACGUCACUGCUGCCCACCCCCGACGGAGCGUAGCGCGUUGAUGAGGGAAUAACCACUACUACCUCUGUCAUAACUAUUCUAGUGUCAACCUGUGAUCUGAUAUGUGUAAAUUGUGAUUUUUGUAUACGUACAUACAGGGUGUUAGUGACAUCGUAACGAAUACUGAGGGGGAUGAUUCAGACCAUGAUUCUGAGUUGAUAUGAAAUAGAAUUUCCGUUCGGAAAAUUCAGGAUUUUUUUGCGUUUUUUAAAAUUAUUUUCAAUUCUAAACUUUUGCAAUGGAAAAUUCCACUUUAUUCCGAGUUAAUAUCAAACUCAGAAUAAUGAGCUAAAUCGUUCCCCUCAGUACCCAUUGAUAUCAAGUGGAAUUUCCGUUCGGAAAAUUCAUGAAAUUUUUUGUUUUUUUUUUUUUUUUAAUUAUUUUCAGCACCAUACUUAUCCGGCCUUUGUCCCAGCAGUGGGACAUUGAUUAUGCUACAGAAAAAAAAAACUUUUGCGACGGAAAAUUCCACUUGAUAUGAACUCAGAAUCAUGGUCUGAAUCAUCCCUCAAAGUUUUGGUUACGAUGUCACUAACACCCUGUAUUGUCACACUUGUAAUUCCUAAUGGGGUGUACAGAGCCACAUGCGAUCAGAAGAUAAUUUGCGCAUAUAUAUUUUGUAUUAAUUUUAAAUAAGUUAUUAAUCAAAUUUGAUCAAAAUUCUUAUUGAAAUAUUUGCCAAAACGCUUUUUUUAAUUUUGAUAGAAUUAAAUACUACGUAUUAUUAAACAAAACGACAGUACAGUCAUGAGCAAUAUCAUGUACCCACUUUAGAACCUUGUCGCACUAACAUAUUUGACAUUUAGUGAGACUUACAGUUCAAUUUGUCAAAAAAGUUAAUGUGACAUGGUACCAAAAUGUAUACAUAUUAAUGCUCGUGACCGUACAAUAAGUGUUUAUAUUUCAAUAAAGAUAACAUUUUACUACUUCAAUGCGCUGCAAACAAUUAGAUCUGUCAAAGUGCGUAAGCUAGUGUUGUGACGUUUAUUAGCAUAGUGAUGUAACAGUCGAUAUUAAGUCGAUCGAUUCUUUUACAUGUAGCAGUAUAGAUCGGACACCAAGUCGCACCGGUGCCGAGCUAGACGUACCUCACCCCCUCUGGGGCACAUAGUCACAUUUCCUAGUGGCCGUAAGCCGUUAAAGAGUAAGGGAGCGCGCGCGAACUUUCUGGCUCGCUCGCACUUACGCGUUAGCCGGCACGAAAUAAGAACGAGAUUUUUGUACGCAGUGUCCGGGCUGUGCUGAAGUUGCUGUUUAGUCUAUUUCUACUAUGGCCCCGAUUCCUGCAGACACCUCCUAAUUUUACUUUAAGUUAUACCUGUCAUUUUCUUAUCCGCCGAAAAGGAAAGGGACGGAUGAUUGACAGCUCUUAAUUUCAGGAAGCAUGAGUAAAUUAAUGAAUAACCCGGGCGAAUCAAAAAGGUAUCUAGCUGGUAUGUAAACCGUUUGACGUGUGCUGUCAACUUAAUUAUGUUGGGUUAUUGGCCAAUGUAAAAUUUUUAGACGGUUGUUUUAAAUUUGUGCUUAAAAAUUACGUGUGUACCAUAAAUUUUAUGCUUGUCGAUUACCCGUCCCUUUCCUUUUCGGCGGUUAAGAAAAUGACAGAUAUAAAUUAAAAUAAAAUUAGAUGGUGUUUACAGGAAUUAGCAUCUACAGGGUGUUAGUGACAUCGUAACGAAAAAAAAAAUGGAACGCCUAUUUUAUUGUACUAAAAACGAUGGUGGGUGUUUUUCUUGUCGCAAAUGUUUAAUUAAGAUUUUCAAUUUUUACUGUGCCGCAAUGUAAGUCGAACAACGCGCCACACAGACGCUAAACUUACGCGCGGCUACGUUACGCGUGUGAGAUACGAUGUUGAUAUCUAGGUAGGAGUUUUCAUUCUCUUGUAUUUAGAUGCUUAGUAGUGGUUCAACGUUUAAAAAUGUUGUUUGUUGAAGUAGAACACCUACUGCCACGAUUUUUCACGCACGGUACCUACCUACCAGUUAUUAAAACGUUCCUAACUUAUUAACAAUAAAAACCCUACUCUUGCCUUACCUUAAUUGUUAUUCCUUCGGAUGAAGUACCUAGGUAGGUACCCUAGAACAUGUCACGUCACGUAGGUAUGCAACAUCGCGUUUCCUCCGCGGUAGGUAGGUAUCACACGCACUCACAAACACAACACCUUGCUCUUUAAUAAACAUCAACAAUCUUCCAUACUUUUGCGCAGUAAAUGGUCUAUGAUCUAUCAUCAUAAUCGACACUACUCAUUUACAGAAUGAAACAAACACUCACAAACACGAAAAAAAUAUCCUCGAAAAACAUCACGCGAUUCGGGUCAAGCUUAGUAUUCGACUGAGCGGAAGCGCGCGGCGGCGGCGUUAGCGCAAAGCAUCAAAGGCGCCGACUAAGGGCGCCGACGACGCACCGGCCGCGGCCGAGUCGAGCCGACGACUAGAGAGAGAGAGAGAAGUAUGUUUAUGGUGCAAGUGACAGAGAA